AUGGCGGCAAGAAGGCUAAUAGUUGAUAACGGUGCUUCGUCGAUAAAAGUUGGCUUUAACGACACCGAAAGUCCAAGGUAAACCAUCGCAUUUGCCAGAGCAGGUUCGUGUCUGUCUUUCUGAGAAGUUUGACUUGAUAUACUGGUGUUUUUUGUAUUUUAGAGUGAUCCCAAACAGCGUGUUUAAGGUGAAAAGUGAACGGCGUAAAGUGUUUGUUGGGGAUCAAAUUGAUGAAUGCAAGGAUUAUUCUGGACUUUUCUAUGUUCUAGCUUUUCAAAAGGUGAUAGUUGAUCAUUUUGUGUUAGGAGUAGAAAACACACAGACUGCGUACUGAAGUCAGAUUUGGUCAUUUAGAUAUUUAUUUGGGAUACUGUGAAUUUGCAAGCUUUGGGGGCUUCUAACGCAUGUGUGAAUCAUUAUGUAGUGUUUGCUUUGAUUCGUCAUAUUCAGACGGUAUAUUUAACAUGAUUUUUGGCCAGACUGCAGAAUUGGGCAGUUUUCAACAAGAUCUCUCGGGUGCAAUUGUGCAAAAGCUAUAAAAAUCUAGGGGCUGGGGCGCAAAACAGUAUCAAAGCAUGGCUUGUAAUAAAUUUACGUGCUGUUUCCACAAACAAAAAGUAUUAUACAUGGAGAGUAACUUCUGACUAUUCAAUUCUUGUUAUUAGGGUUUAUUACUCAAUUGGGGAGUCGAAAAACAAGUAUGGGAUUACGUCUUUGGUAAAGACGCUUUGAAGGUAUAACCUCAAAUGGUCGAUCUGUGCUAGUGUACAAUGAUCAGGGUCUGAGCAAAAUCCUGAUAUCCAUGGGAUACUAAAAUUUGGUGUUGGAUGCCAAACUGUGAAUGACAUAUCCCAACUGGAUACUAAGAAAAUUUCAAACAUUAGGAAAAUGUUAAGCACUUCUGAGUUGUGACCUCAACAGACUUGUACCAAGCUUGUUAACAAGUUGCGGCAAGCUCGUUAACAACUUGUGACAAUGCUGUUCCAACAACUUGUCAACAAGAUGUAUCCUCAACAGGCUUGUAGCAAGCUUGUUAACAACAGGCUUGUAGCAAGCUUGUUAACAAGUUGUGACAAUGCUGUUCCAACAACUUGUCAACAAGAUUUAUCCUCAACAGGCUU